AUGCUUGGCCUCUACCAUAACUCUGAUAUCUGGAGACCGCCCGAACGCCCCAGUGUUCCCCAGAAGCAGAAGCAGAAGCAGAAGCACAAGCGCAAGACCCAAGAUUACGAGCUUCUUGGCCCAACGUCUCAAGACUGCAAGAGAAAGAGAGAGGUGGGUUUGAGAUUGGCCAAGAUCAAAAGCAUCGCCAACACUACCUAA